AUGAAUAGUAAGUUGUAGACAAAUAUGUUUAAAAAUAGAACAAUAGGAAAUCGUUAUCAUCAUAGGAAUAUACGAUUAUACGAAUUGCCGCCGCCGAGAACAUUCGAUAAUUAUCUUAUUAUUAUUAGAUUAACCCAAGUAACCAACAUAAUUUGGAUUUCCAGUUGUCAAUAUUGUUAUUUCAAUUUCAUCCAUUAGUCGUUAUAGACGUAUUUGUUAGCUCUGCGUCUACAUGCAUUUUAAGGAGGACAAUUCCGUGGAAGUGGUACCCAGUAAGUGGGUUACAAAAUAUAAAUGUGCUUGGCCAAACGGAAACACUAAAAAAUUUAUCGAAAGUCAAAGUGACCCUGAUUCACAAAUGUUUAAUUGGUUUAAAGCACGUGCAUUGUUGUCAAACAUCGAAUUAUAUUCUGAAGCACAUAAAAAAUGCAAAAAAGCUGUUUUUACUUCAGAUUUAUCAUCCUCCGAAAAUGACACAAGACUUCAACGAAAAUUAAACAGUAAUAAACUUAAAAAUCAUGGUAAAUCAGGUGAUGAUUUAGAUGAUUCAUAUAACGGAAAUUAUAGUGAGAUGCCGAAUUACGAGUCUGAUAAUAAUGAUCAAAGACCAAAAAUCUGCAAGUCUCCAAUUAAAAAGAAAAUCAGAAAAUCUCAACAUGUAUCAGUUACAAAAAAAAUAUUGUCUCCUAAGCAAGUCUUUGAUAUUCUAAAAUCUCCUAUAAAAGCAUCAUCAUCUCAAAAAUUUUUCUCGCAACCAUCAGAUACUCCAAUAUUGUCUCCUAAGCAAGGUUUUGACAGUUUAAAAUCUCCUAAAAGAGCAUCAACAUCUCAAAAAUUUUCUUCACAAUAUAAAUAUGCGCAAGAUACAAUAAUGUCAUCUCCUAAGCUGCAAGACUAUGUAGAUAUUGUGUCACCUAAAAAAACAUUAUCACAAAAAUCUAUUUCAUACGCAACAACUACAGAUGAAAUUUCACCAGUUAAGAAAACUCCAACUAAAAUAAGUUUUAAUGUAUAUUCUCCGAGCAUAUUAAUGUCAUCUCAAAAACGUAAUGUAAAGAAGCAGUUAUUUAAGACGAAAGAAAAUGGCAUACAUUCAGGUUCUAGUAUGAAAACUUCAACUAUGAUUUCUAGUAACACAAAAAAAUCAAAGUUUUUAACAGAUGAUCAAUUUAAAGAUAUGGUAUCCCAUAAUUUAAUAAUUAUAAAACAUGGCAUCAGAAAUUUAAAUGAAAAACUUGAUCUGAUAAUUGAAAGAAACAACAAAUUUUCACAAAACCCUGACAAUAAUUUACAUGAAGAUGAUAUGGAUUACGCAAAUCUCAACUGUAUUUUUCCAAUUGAUGACAUAAAUACCUUGAAUUGUAUUGAAGAACAACUGGCAUCAGAUCAAAAAUAUCAUAAAUUAAUGACAAAUAAACUAGUCGGAUUAGGUGGCAAAACAAUUCAAAUUUAUAUUAAAAGAGUUAUGCAGCUAUUAUUUACGGACGAACUACUACAAUAUUAUUCUUUUAGUGGCCGUGCAAACAAAAAAAAAUGUUUUUCAAAUUUAAUUAUUUCAAAGCUA